CCUGAGAAGAGUCAGUGCUGAGUCUCCAGUGUUCCUUUCACAUCUGCACCAAAGCGAGCCUGAGACCCUGCAAAGCAAGGCAUGCGCUCGUCAUUCUCAGCUCUUUUAAAUUGAGCUCUUAUGGGCAUCUGCAGCAGCCUGGUUGAGUCAAAACUGAGAGAAGCAGCAGCAGGAGACUACACUUAAAUCACUUCAUUGGAUAUAUAAUAACCUCCAGGACGCAGGGAACUGAAGAAAACUCCUCAGCUGGUUGCAGGAUGCUCUGGAAACUUGCCUUAUCUGUUUUUCUGGUGGCGACCUUGGUUAAAGUAACAGAUACCAGGAAAAACCGUCCUGCAGGAGCAAUUCCAUCUCCCUACAAAGACAGCACAAGCAACAACUCAGAGAGGAGGCAGCAUCUGAACAAAGAAGUACUGGCCUCCAGCCAGGAGGCCUUGGUGGUCACUGAGAGGAAGUACCUUAAAAGUGACUGGUGCAAAACCCAACCCCUGCGGCAGACUGUCAGCGAGGAGGGCUGCAUAAGCCGCACCAUCAUCAACCGUUUCUGCUAUGGCCAGUGCAACUCCUUCUACAUCCCCCGGCAUGUGAAAAAGGAUGAGGAAUCCUUCCAGUCCUGUGCUUUCUGCAAGCCUCAGAAAGUCACCUCCUUCACUGUGGAGCUGGAGUGCCCUGAGCUGGAUCCACCUUUCCGACUCAAGAAAAUCCAGAAAGUCAAGCAGUGCAGGUGUAUGUCUGUGAACCUCAGCAACUCGGACAAACAGUGAAAGCAGGUAUGUGGCUACUGCUUGGCAUCACCCCAUCGGAUUUGCUGCUGUCUCUCAUCUUCCCUGAGCAGACUCAUUGUCUGGUUUUUUUUUUCUUCAGGAUGCAUCUUUCUAGCACGGAAGGCUCACUUGUCAUUUGCCUACUGGAACUAAAAUUUGUCCUGGGCUAUGUUAGGCACCUUGCCAUAAAACCUCAGCAUAUUUCCAAUAUAAUCCUCUUAAAAUUGAAUUUUAAGGGUGGAGCCGGCCCCUCCGAAUUUGGGACUGAUCAUCUAGGUGACCCAAUGGCUGAAUCCAGCAUUAACAUUUCCACUAUGUGGGAAAAACCCUCUGCCCUACACUCCAGUCCUUUCUGUGGGAAGAAAAUGUGUCUCGUUACCUUUGCCAUCUCACUCAGUGUUCAGUCUGGAGCUUUUCACCUUCAUAUUUAAGCACUUAGUGCUGCCAGCUGCAGCUGUGAGGUGCAGCUAUGGGAUACAGUAGAGUACUAAAAGAAAAUGAGAGGCUGCGAGCAUGAUGAGAGAACUCUAACUGUAGGAUGACAGAAUGGCUCUGCGCUCCUUGUCUGAGAUGGAGAUGAGCAUGGGGAGAGGGAACCCUCUCAGCAGCUACCGCUUUUCCAUCAGCAGACUGAAGAUGGAUUCUUGUGCUGCUGCAAUUUGACUAUAUCAAACACACAGUCUCUACAGCGAUGUUUGUUUAUUUUGUAACCUAGCUAUAGUAAAGUUGUUUAAAAUAUUAUUAGACCUAGCCAUGUAUAUUUUUCUUCUGGCGGAAUAUUCCAAAGAUUAGAUUAAAGUGUCUUGAGUAAAUAGACUUGAUUGCUAGGUCAGUCACCUGACUUGAAACUGACAGGUUUUGAAUGGGCUUUUAGUAGAUUCUGCCUUAGUAUGUUCCCAAACCCAUCCAGUUAUUGCUGUGUAAUUAUACCUGUGUGGGGUAGGGUGGGGGGAGGGGAUUAAAACACUUGUGGGAGCAAUAUUCCACUUAAGUUAUUAAAGCAUUGUAGCACAAAGGACAGAUUGCAGUCAUCGUUGCUUUGAAUACAAACGCUGCCUUCCGUAU